UUGCCAGUGACAAGAAAAUAGAAAAAAAAAUGGGACAAAGGAUUUCUGAAGCUCUCAAUUCAUAGUAAACUGAAGAGAGAGAGAGAGGAGGCAGAGGCUUAUCUUUGGAGCAGGGCCAAGCGACAAUACAACUAACACAAGAAGCAAACAAACCAACACAAAAAUCUUUCCAUUUCCCAAUCAAGGACUCUUCUCACCCCCCACCACCACCACUACCACCACUCCCUUUUCACUAACAAACACUUUUCUGCCUUGCUUUUCUUCCACUGGUUUUUCUUCAUUUCAUCCAAUUUAAAACCCAAUAAAUAAUUAAUAAUUGUAAUAAUAAUAACCAACAACAAGAACAGAUUGAUUUCAGCAUAGUAAUCAAAUUAUAUAUAUUUUUUUUAUAUAUAUAUAUAUAAUUUGAUUCUUACUUUUGCUGAAUCAAAAUAUUUAUUGUACUGUACUUUAUGUUGUUCUUGGCGUCGACUACCGCCAUAACAAUAUCCUCACUGUUUCUCGUUCAUUUGAAGAAGGAUUUUGAGUGGUUAUCUUGACAGAAUUAAGAGAUUAAAGAAUGAAUCACUGCGUACCCGAGUUCGAAAUGGAUGACGAUUACUCUACUCCCACUUCUUCUGGACUCUCUCGCCCCAAAAAGCCUUUUCUUCCAGAGGAUGAUAUCAUGGAGCUUCUAUGGCAGAACGGUCAGGUAAUCACGCAGAGUCAGAGCCAGAGGUCGUCGGUGGUGAGAAAAUCUUCACCGCCGUCCAAAUACGACGCCUUACUCCCUCCCGAGAUGGAAAUCAGGUUAUCUCAAGCAGAAUCUCACCAUGACCACGUCCAGCUCCAUGAACAACACCAGCAUCUUUUUAUGCAGGAAGAUGAAAUGGUUUCAUGGCUACAUCAUCCUCUCGUUGACGAUCCUUCCUUAGACCCUAACUUCUCCUCCGACCUAUUUUACCCUCAGCUCACCGAUAGCACCACGAACUCAACUCCUCAUCCAGUCCGCCUCACUCAGUUCUCCGAGAUCAGGCCGUCGGCUUUCAUGGCGGUUCCGCCGGUGCCGGCAUCGAGGCCGCCUGUACCUCCGACAUCGAGGGCGACGGAGACAAACGCCAACGUACAGAAUUUCGGUCACUUCUUCAGGCACAGUAAGGCGGCGGUUGAAUUCGGACCGUCAUGCUCGAAAACUGCGGUAGAUUCGUGCGAUACGCCGGCGGUCGGUCCAAAUCCUUGUAUUUCCGAGAUAAAGAGAAACAGCCCCGAGGAAACAUCGUACGGGAAUUUAAGCAGCGGCGGUGGUGGUGGGAAGGAGAUUAGAUGCGACGUGACCGUGAUUUCAUCGCCGGGAGACUCGAGCGCCAGCGCGGAGCCAUCGAUACCGGCGAAAACAACGGCGGCGAGCAAUGAUCGGAAGCGAAAAGGAGUGGAAGCUGACGACACCGAAUGUCAGAGCGAGGACAUUGAGUUUGAAUCUGGUGAUGGAAAGAAACAUGCACGUGGGACAUCUACAAAAAGAUCUCGUGCUGCCGAGGUCCACAAUCUCUCUGAAAGGAGACGUCGAGAUAGGAUAAACGAAAAGAUGAAGGCUUUGCAAGAACUGAUACCCCGUUGUAACAAGUCUGACAAAGCUUCAAUGCUGGAUGAGGCAAUAGAAUACUUGAAAUCGCUGCAGCUACAAGUGCAGAUGAUGUCCAUGGGUUGCGGUAUGGUCCCUAUGAUGUUUCCCGGAAUGCAUCAAUUCAUGCCACCAAUGGGAAUGGGAAUUGGGAUGGGCAUGGGCAUGGGCAUGGGGAUGGGAAUGGAAAUGGGCAUGAACCGACCUAUUAUGCCGUUUCCAAAUGUGUUAACUGGUUCAACCAUGGCUGCACCAACUGCAGCAGCUCAUUUGGGACCCAGGUUUCCAAUGCCAUCCUUUCAGAUGCCCUCUGUGCCCACAACUGAGCCACCCAGAGGUCAAGCAACUAACCAGUUAGAUUACAUGUUUCAGCCAUUUCCCACACAAAAUCCAAACCAGUCACGGGUGCCAAAUUUUCCUGAUCCUUGUCAGCAGUAUUUUGGUUCCCACCAGAUGCAAUUGACAUUACAGCAGAACCCAGCAGCGGUCCAACCGAGUACCAGCAAACCGAGUACGAGUAGGGGACCUGAAAAUCCUGAAAAUCAUCAAUCAGGUUGAAGUUUUGGGUAUGGAAUUUUACAAAAGGCGCUUGCCUGAAGUUUUGUAGUGUGAGAGAGAAGUUCUCAAGGAGUAGAUUCCUUGGCUGGCUAUAAUAGCAUAGAACACAGCUAACAUGUAAUUAUUAUACAAAGCUCACAGCAAUAAAUCUACCAUUUUCCGAUUU